AUGAAGCACCGAGGACAGGAAGAAUCUGGGGGACGCAGUUCCCUCUCCCCUAGUGGACACCAACGGAGGGAGGAAAUCGCUCCACUGAAGAAACUAAAAAAUACGCUGCUCGCUGCAGACGUGCUAAUAGACGUGUCCAAAAUAAAAAUAUACGCGAAGGAGAAUUUCGAUCUCGAAUUAAUAAACAACGUAAAUGAUCGCUUCGUAGAAAAGACAUAUAAAUUAUUGGUGGACACGAGAAAGAAUAAAAUUCCGGAGGAUGAGCUAAAUGAUUUUAUAUUUCUGCUGAUGAAUGAAAGGAAGGAAAAUAGCCACCUCGAAAAGAUCAGCAGAAAAGGGCACGAUAAAAGUGGCUCCGCCAAAUGUCCAAUUAAAAAUGAAGUCACGAAUUUGAUAAAAAAAAUGAAUAAGUUUCAUUUUUAUUUUAAAGAAUUCCUCAAGAAGGAUAAAUUGUGGAUGGAUGUCGCCAAUCGGGGCGAUGGAAAGGGCAACACGUGGGGCACUACAAGAGGUACUACCCUGGACAAUCUCGAAGCCAAUACACAAUCGGCUCUCCAAGCGAACUCUGACAAGGCAUGCAGAAAGGUUGGCACCUGUUUGUCUUAUAUACAAAGGAAAGGUGAAACGGGAAAAAAGGGGGAAGUAUUGUAUUCCCACAUUAAGCAGAGAAAGGAGCAGCGAGAGAAAACAGAAAGAGCCAUUCGUAGCUUGUUAAAUAGCUGUCUUAGUGAGAAGGAGUUGGACGUUGAGCGCCUCGUUGAAAUGGAGAACAUGACGGGAGUGGAUGAGGAAAUGCAUGAUAGUUUUGGAGGACCAGAAUGUGUGACAAAGAAGUUGGCUCCAUUUAGCCAACGCGUAAAGGUACAGAAUGUUUCUCCUUCCCCUUCUGAUGAAAAUAAGGUAAGAGAAACGGAAGGCGCGCCACCCUACCGUUGCGAUUAUGUACGGAGAGUAGGGUGCACCGCUAGGGGGGAUAUCCCACAUGGAUGUACCUUCCAAAAGGGCUGCACCAAUUUGGUUGCAGGGGGAAACACGCAUAACAAGGGGAGACACAAACAGACGGCCAGUCGAUUUGGAGGAAUACCACACGGUUAUAGCAUCGAUGAUGGUGAUAGCAGUAGCGGUGAUGAUGCCCGCCACAGUGAAGUCAUGCGCAGGAGCCAGUCCGAUGGAACCAAGUACUACCUGUACAAAAAUCCCUUUUCUGGAGAUGACCACAGGGAAUUUGCACACGGGGCUUCCCUGACGGAGUACGAAAUGUAUGUAAGUCGGAAGAAGAAGAAGAAGAAAAAAAAAAAAAAAAAUUAUAACAAGGAUAACGGCAAUCAAAAGAGUGACAGUCUAUUUUUUUUACAAGUCCCAAAUGUGCUAUCCUGUGAAUGGAAAAAACACUCGGGACGGAGCAACAGAAGGAAGGCGCUUGGCACAAAUAAUGUGGACAACUAUUUGGGGGACGCAUACAACAGUUGUGAGAACCCCCGUGAAAGGAAUCCCAUGCUGGGGGUAGGCUACGAAGAGGCGCUUUCCUCCGGCACUUACCUCCACGAGGAGAGCAACAAUUUGGUGCACACCGUGUUGGGGACGAAGGAUCAGAAGCGGGAGUUUUUGAGAAAGUCAGGUCACGCUAAAGGGAAUACUAAGGGGCAUAUUAAGGGGCGGGGCGCCAAAGGGCAUGAAGACGGGGGGACUUCAACAACCGGUAAAAAGGGCCUCACCCUCCCCUCGGAAGCCACAUCACCCGCGCCGAUAAUUCCGCAGGAAGAUUAUUCUAAAAAAGGGAUGCUGAAAAAGACGGGUAAUAACUCCCCUCCUGAGGGAGAAAAACGUUCGGAUCAAUUGUGUCGAAGUGAUGCAGAGGGUCAGCAACUAUCAGAGUUACACAGGCAAGGUAGAGAUGAUAUUAACCUUAAUGUACCAAAUGCACCAUGGCACUUGGCUCGAUCAGAUGAAGGAAAUGGUGUAAUAGGUGUAUCAGGAGGGGGCAGUCCUCUUCCAAGUGGAACGGGCACAAGUGCCUCCUCGAAUGGAAACCGUAUGAGGAAAAAAGGCUCAAGUGGAGGGUUCCUGGCAGAUGGUAGGAUCGCCAAAGUAAAAGACAAUGUUUUGGGACCCCUCAGUGGGGAGACAGAUACGGGGAAAGAUGAAGCAGAAAAGGGAGAGAGAAAUGUAGGCCUUAAAACAAAUGUAUCGAACGAAAAGGGAAAAAAGAAAAACGGAAAAUUACGUCCUGCCCUUUGUGAACAAAUGGGUGGCAACAUAAAAGUGAGUCCUGAUGGAAGCUUAGUUGUUGGGGGUGCACCCAGCCAGUAUGACAACACCACUGCCCAUUUCGAUGAGGACCUUAAGAUGGAUGGACCAAAUGAGUGGAACAGCGAUAUUGCAACUGAGGGAGGGGUUAACCCCUUGGAAGAUUCAAACAACGCAAAUAGGGAUUAUAUGUGUAGCGUGCUCGAUUUGAGGCCCACCCAGGAUGAUACCCCUACUGGCAGCGCGCAGGACACCAACGAAUGGGAAUUAUUCGAGAGGAAAGAAGCGACCCCGUUACAUCACAAAGGGGGAAGAGCUUCCAACGUGAGGAGUGGAGAAAAUUACAACGUGAGAGAAAAGAAAGUGAAAAAAUAUGAACAGGACAUAUCGAAUUAUACAUCCAGCAUGGAUUACUCCAGUGGAAGACAAAUAUAUGAUAGCAGAAAUGCUUGUUCAUCCGUUUCGCAACAUGGUAGCAGUUCGAACAUUAAUAGAGAAGGGAAUGCGUUCCCUGAUUUUGCAUCCAACUUGGGGGGAGAUAAUAUGCACAGGUAUAACUCCUCAGAUGAAAGGUUUGAAGAUUUUGAUUUGGACGAAGGGGAUAGAAGGACUCAUCCCAGGGGGGAAGACAAAUAUAAUUUUUUGGAAGAAGAUACAUGGAAGGGACAGAAUAAUGUGGCCAUGAAUCAAAAGGGAAGGGGUAACACCUGGAGGAGGAAUCAAGGUAGUAUUCAUGGCACCCAUUUAGGGGGCGACGGAAGAGACACACUACACAAACACAGAGGAGGCUUCCUUCAAAAGGGUCCGCCCACAUAUGAUCGCACGCUGAUUAGACACAUCCAGCGGAAUGAUGAAUUUUAUGAGGAAAUUUCGCGCGAUAUGGAAGGCGUCACGAGGGGGGUACAGAACGAAUCCUUUUAUGGUCCCCCUGAGAGGUACUUGCAUGGGCCAGAUAGCAGUCCGGAUGGAGAGAGUGUGAUGAGCUUCAACCAGAAGGAUUUUUUACUUUUGAAAAAGAAAACAAGAGAACAAGAUUCCAGGCUGAACAAAUGGUUACACAAAAUACACGCCAGAGAAAAUGAGAAAAAAAAAAAAAUUCAGGAAAAAAAAAAUGCAUCCAUAAAACAGGAAUUGGUAAAUUGUACCUUCCACCCCAGGGUCAGCAGCAUCCAGCCAAAUAGAGUGAAGAGUUUUAUCAAAGAGGAAGGAAGAAAGGGAGGUGGGGUUAACAUACACACGAAGGGGUACAUGAAAUUAGGCCCUCACAUUGGUAAAGGCGAAUUUGACGAGGAUCCCCAUAUUGUUGCACGUGGGGCGCAUAGACGAGCAGCUCGGGUGAAGGCAAUCACACGGGUUGGCAGCGGCACAUCACCCAUGUAUACAUAUGAGGAUGCAUUAAUGUAUGAAAAUGUCAUCGGUCGAAUGAGCAGAAACAUCAGUGUGGAGGAUCCUCAUGGGAUGGUGGUCGCAAGGGAGGAUGCGAGGAGAGAAUAUUAUACCAGGGGGAGGUACACUGAUGGGAAAAUUCCUGGUGAAGACGAAAUACACAGUGAUCAUCAAAAUAGUCACGGUAGGAGCAGCGGGGAGGAGCUGCCAUACAGCGAAAGUAAAAUAAAACACUUAGAUAGGAAUGAGCUUCUUUACUGGAAAGCCAUGAAGCAGAAAGAGCACCUCCAAAGGAAGAAGGACGCUUUUGAGGAAGCCAAGGAAAAUAAAUUUAAAAGCGAAUGUAAGUUUAGUCCAGAAAUAAAAGAAAAUGUGAAAAUAUACAUGUCGGACCUUCCAAAGGGGUACAGCAAAACUGUAGAAAGGAUCAAACGGGGCGUCGAGGAAAAGAGGAGAGUUCAUAAUUUCUUGGAGUACAGGAUCCCAGUGAGCACAAAUGGAGAUAAGAAUGCACAAAAUGCUUGUCGCAGUAAAUGGCAGGGGGGAAGGACUACCACUCUCUCGCCGUUCAGUUUUGAUAAGGGAUUCUACAAGGUGAAAAUAAAACCCGUUUAUUUUGAAACGAAAAUAAAAUUGUCCGAAAAUAAAAUUGCAUCUCUGGCGAUAAGGGAAGAUGAGGACCCCUUGUACAUCAUUGAUAUAUUUUGUAAAAUUCACGCAAUUAAGGAUGAAGACAGGAGGAUUCUUUAUGAAUAUGUGAUGGAUGAGUUGAGGAAGGCGUCCCAGGGUAGCUAG